AAGCACUGACAGGAUGAAAGGGAAAGGAAAGGAUUAUUGUGCAAGUUUUUAGAUAGAAAGUUGUUUUUUACUUUGUCAUGAUUAUAAGAACGAUAAGGAAUAUUCUAGAUCGAUAGCAGUAAAUUAUAUAUAAAUCUUUGUCCAAAUUGUGUCGUCAUUCAAAACAAACUGUGAGAUUGUUUAGAUACAUAUAGUGAGUCCAUAUUAGUACCUAAUAUUAUUAAAGUGUUUUUAUUGUGAAAAAUUACUGUUUGUAUAUUUGUUUAAAAUGGAAUUUCCACAUUUAGGCAAGCAUUGUUCUAAAUCUGACUGUGGUAAAUUAGACUUUUUGCCUAUCAAAUGCGACGCUUGCAAACAACUCUUCUGUGAGGAACAUUUCAGCUACAAUACACAUAGCUGCCCAUAUGCAUACCAGAAAGAUAACCAAGUGCCUGCGUGCCCCCUUUGUAGUAGGCCCAUUCCUGUGGGAAAAGGGGAGCACCCCGAUUUUGUAGUUGGUGCUCACAUAGACAACGAUUGUCAAUCAGAUCCAGCGAAAAAUCGCCGCAGUAAAGUGUUUACUAAUAGGUGUUCCUACAACAAAUGUAAAACGAAAGAACUGUUACCAUUUGUUUGUCAAGACUGUAGUAAAAACUUUUGUAUUAAACAUAGACAUCCCUCGGAUCAUAUCUGUGAAGGCAAAAAAUCAAAAAUAUCCAGCAGAAACACCCACAUGCAAACUAUGAUCAGUGAAGAUGAGGCUCUAGCUCGAGCUCUAGCCCUUUCCAUGCAUGACAAUGCACCAAUGAGUAGAAGAAGACAGGAAGAAUUAGAUAUGGCUCUAGCAAGACAACUACAGGCCUCAGAAUCGCAGAGUACAACAGGACCUAGUCGAAGUUCAGAUAGAUGCAAUGUGUCAUGAAUUUAUAUGGAGAUCAUGAUUUUUACAAAAAUUAUAUACUUAAGAUCACUGCAGGUUGUUACUGAAAUAAUUGCAAGAUAAAUAGAUCUUUUUUAUCGUAUGUUUAAGUUUGAUGAAUCUCUGCUAUAAUACCAUUUGACAUGUUAACGCAUUCAGUGCCCAUCUUGAAAAACAUUACUUGGCUGGUACCAGAUACUUAAAUCAUUAAUUUAGUAACACAGUAAUAUUGAUGCCACCUAUGUGUCAUCAGUACUUUUGAUAAAACCUUCGUUACACUACUCAUGCGUCAUGGGCACCGAACGUGUUAAAAAAUGAUGCUUUAAUUUACAUUUGAAUUUGUAAUGAAGUAAUUAGUACUUUUACCAGGUAUAUGUGUCUUUUGUUUAUAUUGUUACACAGAACAUUGUUACACUUAUUUUUUCUGUACUCUGUUGAAAAAAGAACAAAUGUUAAGAAAAUUGACUGAAGUUAGACUUCAAAGGGUCAGUGGCAUCAAAUUAUGAUAAAAAGUAGGUGACAACUGUUUUUUUUUAUAUAAAAGGAGACUAAACAUCUAAUCAUUAAAGGAAUAACACAGAAAACACAAACAAUCACCGAUAUAACUUAAUUAACCUAUGAAAUUAAAACCUAAACUAUGAAUUAGUGUCAAAAUUUCAUAAAUGUCAUUAGUGUCAAAAUUUGAUAACAGUGGAGUAAACUUGCCUGAGGUUGGACCAAUUACAAACAAGCAUUACGGCGCGGUAAAUUUGAAUUACUCCUCCUGGUUUAAAAACAGACCAUCGAUAAUUCCGAACAUUUAGUUUCCACAAUAUUACGCAAUAUUUUUCUUUAUUUUUCCGCCAACACUGCAAUUCACAGUUUAUAGAAAGUAGGGUAUUUUGAGGCAUAUUACAUGCCUCAAAAUACAAAAUUAUAAUAAUUGUGUGAUACUUUUCCAUUUUUCUCUGUUAAUUGCAUGUCUUUUUCUUUCUUUAUUGUUUUAUCUCUAACAUCUUUCGUGCCCAUUUUCAACGACCUUUGUGGUAAUUAUUUUCUAUCUGGUGUUGUUUGCCAUGAAAUUAUGCCUCAUUGGCUUAACACUUGUUUUUUGUGUGUUUACUGGUUAAAUUAUCCUGUCUGUAUAUCCUACUAUCACACCCAAAAAACUUUUGCAUCAUUUUGUGUAACUUAUUAGAUGUAAUUUUGUUUUUUGUUAAAUCAUUCAAUAUGUCGACAUAUAAACUACUUUAAAAUUUUAAGUCAAUCAAUUUUUGUGAAUAAUAUUGAAAUUUAAAAAAUAUAUAUUUUUCAUGUCAGUUUUUCAAGAAUUUUGUUUAUUCAAUUUUGCAACUCUUUUGCAUUAUUUUGUGUAACUUUAGAUGUAUUUUUUUGGUUAAAUUAUUCAGUAUGUCAACAUAUAAACUACUUUAACAUUUUAAGUCAAUAAAGUUUUGAGAAUAAUACUGAAAUUUAAAAAAUAUAUAUUUUUCAUAAUGUCAUAGUUUUUCAAGAAUUUUGUCUAUUAAUUUUUUGGAAAUGACUAUUGUGCCUUAUUUUAUGUAUGUGGAUUUGAUUUGGCUCAAUUAGGACUAGAUAUAUUGGAAAUUAUUAGGUAUAGGUAUAUUAAAAUUGUUUUAGAUAGCUUAAAAACAGUAAAUUAUAUAUUUUUUGUUAACUAUACUACUGAUUGUGAUGUUUUUCAUGAAAUUAGAAUAUACAUAUAUUAUACAUUAAUAAACUUAGUCACCCUUACAAUCCACCAGCUUAUAAAGAAUUUAUUUAUAAAACAGUCACUGUAUUUUAAAUUGUAAACAAAAAUAUACUUUCACAUGUGUACUUUGGCUACCACAAUAAACAUUCCUUUAACUUCAA